CUUGGGUGUUGGGGCGUUUUGGGCCGCCGCCGCCUGAUGCUGUUACUCGGGGCCGCUGCGGCCGCCGCCUUUCAGACGCGGGGCCUCCAGAUCGGGAAGCUGGCGGGCCCUCCACCUGCGGCCGCCGCCUCCUACCUGGCUCUGCGCGCUCCUCUGCUACAGCAGUCACUGGCGGCCGAUGCGGGCUCCGCGCGGAGCUACAGCCAGGAGUCCAAAACUACCUACCUGGAGGACCUUCCACCACUCCCUGAGUAUGAAUUGGCCCCAUCCAAGUUAGGAGAGGAGGUGGAUGAUGUUUAUCUCAUUGGAGCUCAAGGAUUGCCUUGGUCAUGUACUGUGGAAGAUGUGCUUAACUUUUUCUCAGACUGCAGAAUCCGCAAUAGUGAGAAUGGAAUACAUUUCCUUUUAAAUAGAAAUGGGAAACGAAGGGAUGAUGCCUUAAUUGAAAUGGAGUCAGAUCAGGAUGUGCAGAAAGCCUUAGAAAAGUACUGCAUGUGCAUGGGUCAGCGAUAUGUGGAAGUAUAGGAGAUAAAUAAUGAAGAUAUGGAUGCCUUAAUGAAGAGCCUACAGGUCAAGUCGUCACCUGUGGUGAAUGAUGGUGUAGUUCGAUUAAGAGGACUUCCUUAUAGUUGCAAUGAGAAAGAUAUCGUGAACUUCUUUGCAGGAUUAAAUAUAGUGGACAUUACUUUUGUAAUGGACUAUAGAGGGAGAAGAAAAACAGAGGAAGCAUAUGUGCAGUUUGAAGAACCAGAAAUGGCCAACCAAGCCUUGUUGAAACACAGGGAAGAAAUUGGUAACCGGUAUACAGAGAUAUUUCCAAGCAGAAGGAAUGAAGUUCGAACCCAUGUUGGCUCUCAGGGAAAGAAAAUGGCAUCUUCUCCUAUUGCUAAGUAUAUAACUGAGCCAGAAAUGGUCUUUGAAGAACAUGAAGUAAAUGAAGACAUUCGACCCAUGACAGGUUUUGAAAAUGAGAAGGAGAUAGAAUUGCCUAAGGAGAUGUCAGAAAAGCUUCCAGAAGGUGUUGAUUUUAGAACUACACCUUCAUUGCAUUUUAUCCACAUGAGAGGAUUACCUUUUCAAGCUAAUGCCCAAGACAUUAUAAAUUUUUUUGUUCCCCUGAAGCCUGUGAGAAUCACCAUGGAAUACAUUUCCAGUGGAAAGGCUACUGGAGAAGCUGAUGUGCACUUCGAUACCCCUGAGGAUGCUGUUGCAGCUAUGCUCAAGGAUAGGUCCCUGUUCAGCAUAUUCUAUUGUGAACUGUUCCUGAAUUCAUGUCCAAAAGGAAAAUAAGACUUCCAGGGACUCCAGAUAUAAGGAUGAAGCAAGAAGCAUUUCAUGUGCACAUCUUUUUUGGACAUGGGCUAUAAAAUUCCUGUUUAUUGGCAGAAACUGCUAGAGAAGGAUUUUGGAUUUGAGGUUAAUGCUUCUAAGAAAAAUUCAUAGUGAACUCUUUAGAAGGAGAAAGAUUCAAUUUGGUAUUAUGAAAUAAACCAAAAAUCUUAAAUUUUUGUUUAAACUGUUCAGGAUCUGAUUAAGAAAAUCUGAUUGAUUCUUUAUUUUAUAUAAUUAAGCAGUUUGUUUUUAUAGAGGAUAUGUUACCCAUUGUAAAGACUACAUAUUUUUAUUCAGUACUAUCUUUAAAAAAUCUUUUUCUCAUUUAAAAAAUAAUCUGUUCAAAGUUUUGAUUUUGCCUAUGAAUUGAGACCUCUGAUGUAAAGCUUCUUAUGGAUGAAAUAAUGUUUUAUUAUAACCACUCACCAAAGCAAGGAAAGGUUUCAGACCUUUAAACCACUAUGGUGUGGCAGAUAGUUUUAAUUUUAGCUAUAUUUGAUUAUUUAGAUAGGGGUAGUGAUUAAAAUAAAUAAAUAUCAAAGGUUAGUGAGUAUAAAUGACAAGUUGGCAGUUUUAUGUCUUUAGAAAUAUUUUGCCUUUCUAAACCUUGUGGUUAAAGGCAUUUAACAUUGAUGCCUGUCUGUUUAGGGGGAAGUCUAGUCUCAACUUAAAAGUUGAUCCCCUUCCCCCUUUUUUUUUGGUUUUGGGUAAACUUUAAGUGUGUUAGUCUUGAAACUGUAAAGUGAUAUAUCACAAUAGUCCAGACUCAUAAGGACAUUAAUGGCUUCACUUGAUUUAAACCAGCUCUAGACAGGAAAAAAAAUCUGUCUCCUCAUUUGCUUUUCAGUGCAGUAGCACAUCCCAUAUUUUAGAACAAGUAGGGGUGCCUUGCUUUAAAUAAAAAUAGCAUUUAACGUAUAAUUGUGUGAAGGGUUUAUGGAUAAAGCUACUUCUGCCACAUUGUGGCAGUACCUUCUGCUUUAAUAUUAACAGCUUGUUAUUUAAAUAUUGGACAAAAUGGCUGGCUUCAAAAUGUAGUCAUUAAUAAACUAACUUUAUGUGCACCUGUGUAGGAGAA